AUGGAUCACACUUCCUUCACACGGCAGUCCACCAUUAUUGGUUUUCAUGCAUUCAUUACCAUUAUCGUCCUUUUUGCUUCUUCUUCAUUGUCCGAAAAAGCUCCAUAUAGCACAUUUGCAAAAGGUGCCACCCAAGCUCCGUUGGAGGCAUCCUAUGACUACAUAGUAAUCGGGGGUGGGACUUCUGGAUGUGCAUUGGCUGCCACACUUUCACAAGGCGCAAAAGUUUUAGUGCUCGAGAGAGGUGACUUGCCGUAUGGAAUCCCCUCCGUCAACACCAUAUAUGGCUUCUUUGAAACACUUGCUAACCUUGGUCCCACCUCACCAUCUCAGACAUUUGUGUCCACGGAUGGGGUGCUCAACCAAAGGGCUCGCGUUCUGGGUGGUGGAUCUGCUAUAAAUGCAAGAUUUUUCACCAGGGCGAGCCCUGCAUAUGUUGACCAAGCAGGGUGGGACCCGAUUCUAGUGGAAGAGUCUUAUGACUGGGCGGAGAAGAAAGUUGCGUUUGAGCCAAAGGUAUUGGAAUGGCAGUCCGCGAUUAAAGAAGGGCUGUUGGAGGCUGGAGUGUUGCCCGAUAAUGGAUUUACUUAUGACCAUCUAUAUGGAACUAAAGUUGGCGGAAGCAUUUUUGAUCUCAACCGGAGGAGACACACGGCCGCGGAUUUACUCGAGUAUGCUGAUCCGAGCAACAUUGUUGUUUACUUAAAUGCUACGGUGCACAAAAUUUUAUUUAAAACCGAUGAAGUGAGAGCUCAAGGAGUGUUGUACAAGGAUAUGUAUGGCAAAAAACACCACGCAUUUUUGAGUGAAGACUCGAUGGCAAAUGAAGUAAUAAUAUCAGCAGGGACACUUGGGAGCCCACAGUUGUUGAUGUUGAGUGGUAUUGGGCCGUCGGAGCAUUUAAAGGCCCAUGGGAUCCAAGUGGUUUUGGACCAGCCCAUGGUUGGACAGGGCUUAUCUGAUAACCCAUUGAAUAUAGGAUUCGUUCCUUCAAAACAGCUCGUUGAGUUUUCACUGAUUGAGGUUGUGGGCAUUUCUCGAUUUGGGAGUUUCAUUGAAGCAGCCAGUGUCCAUAUCAACCUGCCAAUCCUCCAAAAAAUUGGUUCAUAUUUUAGAUAUUUAGCUAACCAGACCAUCAAGCUUGACAAGUUAGAAUCCAUUACUGGGCAUCACUUUAACUUGGAUCAACAAGGAAUUAAUUUUGGUAUUAUACUUGAAAAGGUGAUAGGCCCACUCUCUUUCGGGGACCUUAAGGAAAAAAAUUUCGAUCCCAGUCAUAAUCCUAAGGUUACAUUCAACUACUUUAGAGACCCAAAGGACCUCCAAAGAUGUGUUCAAGGUAUGGAAAUAGUUAUAAAGGUGUUGGAAUCAAAAGCAUUGAAGAAGUUUCUUUAUCCUUCAAUCUCGGUUAAAGCGUUGAUUGCUUUGAUCGUUGCAUUACCUCUCAACUUGAGACCUAGACAUGUCAAUGCGGCAUUUGAUUUAGAACAAUUUUGCAAAGACACUGUGUUGAGUAUAUGGCAUUACCAUGGAGGAUGCCAGGUUGAUAAAGUUGUUGAUCGUAACUAUAAAGUUAUCGGUGUGGAUGCAUUGCGUGUAAUUGAUAGUUCAACUCUACUAAAUACUCCUGGAACGAAUCCUCAAGCUACUAUAAUGAUGCUCGGAAGGUAUAUGGGGUUACAAUUAAAUGUUAGCAGAAAGAUUGGCAUUUGGAAAGAUGUAGCUUUAAGAGAGGUAAGAGUGGAUGGACAUAAUGGCACAACGACGUUGUACGUGUCCAACUACACGGGCCGGGAUGUUGGCGUUGUUGGAGCCAAAUUGGUCUCGACCACGUACCUUGUUUGCAAGUCGAAUGACCAAAUUGGUCUCGUCGUUGGAGCCAAAUUGGUGCAACUACACUUACUUUUUCCAGUAGUAAUUUAA